AUGGGAUAUAGUAUAGGGAUAAGGCUUAUAGAAGAUUUUUUAGCUAAAACAGGUACAGGACGUUGUGUAUCUUUUAAAGAAACUGCUGAAGUUAUUUCAAAAAUUGGAUUUAAAAUUUUCCUUAAUAUUAUACCAACUAUAACGAAUUGGACUAGUGACGGUAAAACUUUUAGUUUAAUAAUAGAAGAAAAUCCAUUAGCUGAAUUUGUUGAAUUACCAGAUGAUGGGAAAUCAAAUAAAGAAUUAUGGUAUUCAAAUGUUCUUGUUGGUGUUUUAAAAGGUGCUUUAGAAAUGGUUCAAUUAGAUGUUGAUGUUUUUUUUGUUAGUGAUGUAUUAAGAGGUGAUGCUACAACUGAAUUGAGAUUAAAAUUAAACAAAAUAUUGAAAGAUGAAAUCCCAGCUGGUGAAGAUUGA